CUUGAUGACGCCAUCAAGCCGCGCGAUGUUUAGACUCCACUGAUGUCGUGGCGCUACCGGGGAAGAAGUUGGUGAUUUGCCGGGCCCGGGUCCUGAAGACGAGGUCCGGUGACCCCUGGCCCCUUCCUGCCUCCCCUCCGCCUGCCUUUCCCCUCUGCCUUCUGCCAGGAUGAGGCGCGCAGGCCUGGGUGAAGGUGGACCUGCUGGCAACUAUGGGAACUAUGGCUAUGCUAAUAGUGGAUAUAGUGCCUGUGAAGAAGAAAAUGACAGACUCACUGAAAGUCUGAGACACAAAGUAACUGCUAUAAAAUCUCUUUCCAUUGAGAUAGGCCAUGAAGUUAAAACUCAAAAUAAAUUAUUAGCUGAAAUGGAUUCACAAUUUGAUUCUACAACUGGAUUUCUAGGUAGAACUAUGGAAAAACUGAAGAUUUUAUCCAGAGGGAGCCAAACAAAGCUGAUGUGCUAUAUGAUGCUGUUUUCAUUGUUUGUCUUUUUUGUCAUUUAUUGGAUUAUUAAACUGAGGUGAUGCAAGUAAGUGUGAGUUUGGAAUUUGUUCCAACUUAAGUGGCUUGGGGUACCACUUUGGUAAAAAAUCAGCAUCAAAACAUUCCUCAUUUUCAAAUAUGGCUUUUUCCAUUGACAGUUACAGAAUUUUACCUGUUUUAUAAAUCACAUUACAUAAUACAGUGCUCUUUGAAUACUGUUUAAUGACUCAUUUUGCCCCUAUUUUCAGGGGUUUUGAGAUAGCCAAAAGUCAGUCCAGCCCUAACCAUUGUUUUUGUAUUGUUUGCUGUCAGAUUAAAUAGCAGUAUAGUGUUCUGUUGUUAUUAUAAACGUAGGUUUAUGUUCCAUGUAAAGAAACUUAGUGGGAGAAUAGAAUGGAGAGCCUGAUGCUGAGCUCUUGCAGUGGUGAACAGGUUUGUGGUGGAAUGACAAACGUAUUUUCCUGAAUGACAUCAACCCUAAUGAUGUACUCCCCUUUCCUCCUUGAUUUGGUUAAAUUGUAGGCAGAUUUCUUUUUACCUACGAUGUUUUUCUAAUAAUUUUUGAUUAUAUGACUCCUCUUUCCCCUUUGCCCAAGGACCUCAUUCUUUAAUAAAUCUUAUUAUUUUGGCAUAUUUCUAGUAGGUGUAAAACAAAUGUGAACCAGUAUAAUUGUUAUUUUAUAUUAACUUUAUACAUACCAUUGACUUGGCUUAAAAUAGCUUUAUGAUUUUAGCUACUUAGGCCAUUUGGUUAUCAUUUGUGACAGAAUAAUGUGAAGCUAAAGUAAUUGCUAAGCUCUGACUGGAAAUAACAUGUUCAAGAAAAUUAAUUGUCUCUGCAUUAUUAUGUGCUCAAAAUAGAUAAUUGAAAGUACUCAGCAUUGAACUUAGGGGUAAGAGUAUUGUUGUUUUAAACCAGUAUGUUUGUUUAUAGAAAGCAAAACAAAGGUAGAAUGUUGAGUAGAAAGAAAUAUUAAAAUGUUCUUAAAUACACUGUAUUGCUAUUUUGGAAUUUACUCAUUUAUGAACUCUAAAAAUAAAUUUUUAAUGAAAUAA